AUGGGGCGGAGCUUCGGCUGGCUGGCGGAUGCCUCACCCAGCACAGAAGGCGCUAAGCUGCUCUUACUCCUUACUUGCUGCAUCAUCUACAUAUUCAAAGUGGAAUGUUGUCCGGAAGCCUGCCUAUGUUAUAAUGAACCAAAAAUCACCUUCAGUUGUUCACAGCAAAGACUAACUGCCAUCCCUUUAUACAUUCCAACACAGACUCAGCGCAUUUUUCUUCACAAUAACAAAAUUACAUUUGUAAGGGCAACAAGCUUCUCUUCCUGCCAGAACCUUACUAAUCUAUGGAUCCAUUCAAACAACAUCAGUCAUAUAGACUCUGGAGCAUUUUAUGGAUUAACAAAACUGGAAGAGUUAGACAUGAGUGAUAACUAUAACCUCAGAUCUGUUGCUCCACUCACAUUUCGAGGUCUUGUACACUUACAUACUUUACACCUCAAUCGCUGUGGUCUGCAGGACUUACCUCUUGGCAUCUUUCAAGGCCUUUUCUCUUUGAAGUACCUCUAUCUCCAUGAAAACAAUCUUAAUUUCUUGCAUGAUGACACAUUUGUAGAUCUGGGGAACCUCACUUACUUGUUUCUCCAUGGCAACAAACUUAAUACCUUAUCUGAAAAUGUAUUUAGUGGCCUCGUGAAUUUAGACAGAUUACUGGUUCAUCAAAACAGGCUGGAUUAUGUCCAUCGCAGAACUUUUCAUGAUCUUAAGAAAGUAACAACUCUCUACUUGUUUAGUAACAACUUGACCGUGCUCAAGGAAGAAAUACUGUUACCUUUAUUAUCCCUUCAAUACCUACGUUUAAAUGCAAAUCAGUGGAUCUGUGACUGCAGAGCUAAAUCCCUCUGGAACUGGCUGAAAGCAUUUAAAGGCUCAUCAUCAGAGCUGGAGUGUUAUGUUCCACCAAACCUAGCUGGGAAGGACCUUAAAAAACUAGCCAUCACUGAUCUUGAUGGAUGUGCCAACACUUCUUUCCUUCAAAUGAGAACAGGUCCAUUUGAAGUCAAGGGCGAAGAGAUGGCAGACAGCUGUUGUCCACCUACGGUCGAUAAGUCGCUAAUAACGGGAACAAAUGCUAAGUCUGGCCCAUCUUCUCAUACCAGUAGAGUCUUGCCAAAUAUUCCAGUCAAAGACAAAGAAAAUAUUUCAAAGACAAAAAUCAUUGGUAAUGCUGACCCCAAGAAAAACAAAACAUAUAAGCCAAUUAAUCACUCCCCAUUUGGAACAUUCACGAGCAAAGUAGAUAACUCCCUAACAAAGCUAAAUCAAAACAAUGUUUUUGAUUCUGUUGAACCUUCCACUGUUCCAAACAAAAAGAGACUUCACUGCCCCAAAAAAAAAUCAAAAUCACAGUGUCGAUUGUCACAACCGGGAACCAACUCCGGAUUACCAAAUUUGCACACCAUGGAUCUUCUAUAUAUAACUCUGAUUUUCAUCCACCAGAUGCACUUUUAAGCUCUCUAUGACACUCUCUCUCUCUCUCUCUCUUUCUCGAUAUAUAUAUAUAAAUAUAAAUAUUUUUGGUUUAAGGCAGUUUCAAAGAAAGACUAUGAGUGACCUUUAAUAAACCGUUGCUACUAUAUUAAAAAAAAUGUGCAUAAACAAAUAGCUUCACAAAAGGUGAUUGGUUAUUUUUUUAUGGUUGUGUACUUAAGAGUUCAGAAAGUGCAACAAUAUUGCUUUAUUCCUCAUAUAUUUAAGGAAAUGUUCCUUUAAAGAUUGGGGAAAAAAAGCUAAACCAGAAUGUUUAGCCUUUAUUUGUAUUAAAAAGUUGUACUUCAAAACUAUUCAAUAUGUACAUUGCAAAUAUAAUGCUGUUGUCUGCUCUGUUUAUGACUUAGAGUUAUUUGUAAUUAUUUCUGUCAUUAUGUUACUGGGUAGCAUUUGUUGAAGAAUGCUAUCUGUUUACUUAAACAUUCUCCAUGUAUACACAUAAAGAUAUGCAUUUUAUUUUAACUGUGCCGAAUUAAGUAAAAAAUAAAUCUGUUCUUUUUUUU